GGCCAUCUUGGAGGGAACAGCCGAAGCAGGCGCUCUCGGCUCGGCUCGGCUCGGCUCGGCUCGGCGCGGCCCGCUGCAAUCCGUGGAGCAACCCGCCGCCGGGGCCCCAUCAUGCCCGGACACCUGCAGGAAGGCUUCGGCUGCGUCGUCACCAACCGGUUCGACCAGCUCUUUGACGACGAGUCGGACCCCUUCGAGGUGCUGAAGGCGGCGGAGAACAAGAAGAAGGAGGGCGGCGGGGGCGGCGGCGGGGGGGGGCCCGGGACCAAGAGCAGCGCGCAGGCCGCGGCCCAGGCCAACGCCAACGCCGCGGCCAACGCCGGCGCCAACGCCAACGCCGCGGCUGCCAAGCAACCCCGCAAGGAGUCCCAGAAGGACCGCAAGAACCCGCUGCCCGCCCACGCCGGGACCCUCGGGGACAAGAAGGACGACCCGCAGCCCCCCGUCGCCCUCAAGAAAGAAGGGAUAAGGCGGGUUGGCAGAAGGCCCGAUCAACAGCCUCAGGGAGAAGGGAAGCCGAUUGACAGGAGGCCGGAAAGGAGGCCACCUCGUGAGCGUCGAUUUGAAAAGCCCGCCGAAGAGAAGGGUGAAGGAGGAGAAUUUUCAGUUGACAAGCCUAUCAUUGACCGGCCUAUCCGAGGACGUGGUGGUCUUGGUGGAAGAGGCCGUGGUGGACGUGGGCGUGGAAUGGGCAGAGGAGAUGGCUUUGACUCCCGUGGCAAACGUGAAUUUGAUAGGCAUAGUGGCAGUGAUAGAUCUGGCCUGAAGCACGAGGACAAGCGCGGUGGUAGUGGAUCUCACAACUGGGGAACUGUCAAAGACGAAUUAACUGACUUGGAUCAAUCAAAUGUAACUGAGGAAACACCCGAAGGAGAAGAGCAUCCAGUGGCUGAUACAGAGAAUAAGGAGAAUGAAGUCGAGGAGGUGAAGGAAGAGGGCCCAAAAGAGAUGACCUUGGAUGAGUGGAAGGCUAUUCAAAACAAGGACCGGGCAAAAGUGGAGUUUAACAUCCGUAAACCAAAUGAGGGUGCUGAUGGGCAAUGGAAGAAGGGAUUUGUUCUUCAUAAAUCAAAAAGCGAGGAGACAAAGGGGAUGACAGAAGUGCAGGGAAGCCCGGUGGAAUCAAACGAGGCUCAUGCCGAAGACUCCGUAAUGGAUCACCACUUCCGUAAACCAGCAAACGAUAUCACAUCCCAGCUGGAGAUCAAUUUUGGAGACCUCGGCCGCCCGGGCCGUGGCGGCAGGGGAGGAAGAGGAGGCCGUGGCCGUGGCGGCCGGCCCAACCGCGGUAGCAGAACUGACAAGUCGAGUGCUUCUGCUCCUGAUGUAGAUGAUCCAGAGGCUUUCCCAGCUCUGGCCUAAACUGGAUGUCAAAAGCCACCCCUGGUUCCUUUGUGGACCCUCCUCUCCGAGGCUUGCAUGCUUAAGGAUCCUAAACGACUAAGAAAUUAAAAAAAAAAAAAAAAAGAAAGAAAGACUGUCAUUCAUACCAUUCACACCUAAAGACUGAAUUUUAUCUGUUUUGAAAAUGAACUUCUCUUGCUACACAGAAGCAACAAUAUGGUAGUCAGUUUUGUAUUUAGAAAUGUAAUGGUAGCAGGGAUGUUUUCAUAAUUUUCAGAGAUUAUGCAUUCUUCAUGGAUACUUUUUUGUAUUGCUGCUUGAAAAUAUGCGUUUCCAAACUUGAAAUAUAGGUGUGAACAGUGUGUACCAGUUAAAGCUUUCACUUCAUUUGUGUUUUUUAAUUAAGGAUAUCAGGGGUUCUCCUUUUCACCCCCACUCCUCUACAGCAAUUUGGUUUCUAAGUAUUGCUUUGGAUUUUUCUUUACUACCCACUUUGUGGUUUGCCACCAGUGAACAACUGGGAGACGUCAGCAUAGGCUGGCCAGUUUAUGGCCGUGUGAAAUACUAAUUUCUGGAAUAUUUGACUUUGGUUUAAAUGCUUAAAUUCAGGCUUUGAAAAGACUUGUUUUUCCACCAUCUUGGUGGCUGUAUGCUAAAGCACACUUCGGCAAAUAACCUUCUGGAUCCUGUAGCGAUUCUUUGGGGUAAGAAAUUCUUGUUUUUAAGUUACACCUCCUCUGGCCUGGACUUUCCUCUUCCCGUUUCCUAAGCAGAAUCGCCUUCAGUGACAGAGGUGUUAACGUUCCCAGACCCGGGAGUUACGCAAGGCAGAUUGCACCGUAGGCUCUUCCAGAAGGAUCCCAACCCCCGCAAAGCAGGCAGCAUUUCACUGGCUGUCCUCCUUGUUUAAAAGGAGAAAGCAAUGGGUCCAGGCCAACCAAUUUGGAGCGGGGAGAAUAUGCAGUCAGAUGUGGGUAGGUGGGUGAAAUCUAGACUUUAGGGAGCAAAAAGCCCUGAACCGUUUACUCUUAGGAAUUUGCUCUGUGGCUCCAGUUUGGGUCUCCAGUUGCUGUUGGGACAAAUGUGUGUUUUUUUUGUCUUUUUUUCCCCACUCCCCCUCAGACUGACGGUAAGGGUUUUCUCUUCUUCCCCCUUAGAAAUCAAGAUGAUUUAUCCCUGGGAACGGGGGACCAUCACUUCUAAAACACGAAAGGAAUGACUAAUGUUGAACAGGAUUUCUUGGGGAUGGUGGGGUGGGUUUGGUUCGUCUGCCACAUUAGGGUGCUAGAGAAAGGGCUUGCUUCUCCAGUUGAGGGGGUGGAAACAUAUUUAUAAAUUGUGGAGGACAGACAGGAAAAUAUGGGAGACCCUGCUUGGAGUGUUUAAAAAAAAAAAAAAGUCUGGCUCGCAUUACUGGACUGUUUGUAUACACAGAUGCAGUUCCUUGUUUGUGAUGAAUGGGUGCUUACCAACUUCAGUGUCCCCAGAAAGGAGGUGGUGGGUAUGUAUGUAGUAGAUGUCCAGAAUGCUAGUGGGCCCAGUAUGAGGCACUGAACCACACCUGCCUUGCACUGGUGGCACCAAGAAGCAAAUGCUCAAGAAGUCAGUCAGUAUUGACUUUCACUACUCUCUCACACACCCACACACCCUUCCUUUAUGAGUUUCCAUUUAAAUGUAAUUAAUGCCGUUUUGAACGCUCUGUGGUAAUCUGAACCUGAAAAGUCUUUAUUUCUAGAAGGAUUUGUGUAAAAAAAAUUCUGCUGUAUUAUAGCGCUUUCCCCGACCUCUAGUUGCUCUCUCUACUGUUGAACAAAACCCUCACGUGUAAGCCAAGCAGGUGGCGCUUGACCCCGACACAGAAGCGACCCCUUUCCCCCCCGCCAACCCCCCCACCCCUGCCACUGGCACUCAAGAACAUAGAGCGAUAUUUUGGAUGGCGUGUCCGAUAUCUUACCGUUCUCAAGGCAGUGCGGACUUCAGACAUCGGUCCGCCUGCUGUUGCUGAUAGAUGUACAUUUUGCCUAUUUCAGUCCGUUUGUGUCAAGCUAAAACUGUGAACAUAUAUCUGAUUGGUGGGUGAUAACAGACAAUAAAGGUUUAUUUUCAUGCUCUUUAAAAAGAA